AUGGCCAAAUCUAGCAAAGUUUCGUCCAAGUCCGCCGCUAAGGCAUCGAAGGGAGAGAAGAAGUCCAAGAAGCAGGAGUCAUCCUCUUCUGAAUCUUCUUCUGGUUCCUCAUCAGAGUCUUCUGGUUCUGAAUCAGAAUCUGAAGAGGAAAGUGUGAAAGAGUCUAAGAAGGAAGCCAAUUCGUCCGAGUCCGAGUCCGAGUCCGAGUCUGAGUCUGAAGCCGAGUCCGAUAAGAAAGAGGAAGCCGCCGAGUCUGGAUCUGAGUCCGAGUCCGAGUCCGAGUCUGAGUCUGAGAAGGAAGAUGAGAAGUCCGCUAAACGUUCUGCCGAGGAGUCCGAAGAAGAGCCAGCUAAGAAAGCCAAGACCGAAGAGAUCACUACGCUGUUCGUCGGAAGACUGUCAUGGUCUAUUGAUGACGAAUGGUUGAAGAAGGAGUUCGAGCACAUUGGAGGAGUUGUGGGAGCCAGAGUUAUGAUGGAGAGAGCUACGGGAAGAUCGCGUGGAUAUGGUUACGUAGACUUUGACAACAAAGCCAGCGCCGAGAAAGCCUUAGAAGAGAUGCAGGGUAAGGAGAUCGAUGGAAGACCUAUUAAUGUGGACAUGUCCAACUCAAAGCCAGCCGCCCCAGCCGCCAGAAACAACGAUAGAGCCAGCCAAUACGGAGACAAGAGAUCUCCACCUUCAGACACAUUGUUUUUGGGUAACCUUUCAUUCCAAGCCGACAGAGACACUCUGUUCGAGCUUUUCAGUAAGCAUGGAAACGUCACUAGUGUUAGAAUUCCAACUCACCCAGAGACUGAGCAACCAAAGGGUUUCGGAUACGUCCAAUUCUCUUCAGUUGACGAGGCUACGGGUGCUUUGGAGGCCUUGAACGGUGAGUACGUUGACAACAGACCAAUCAGAUUGGACUACUCUACCCCAAGAGACCCUUCCGCCUCCGGUGGACGUGGUGGAAGAGGUGGACGUGGUGGUCGUGGAGGAUUCCGCGGAGGACGUGGUGGAUUCUCUGGUGACCGUUCUUUUGGAUCUGGUGCCAACAGUGCUCCUGUUAACAGUGGUUUCCAAGGUCAAAAGAAGACCUUCAACUAA